UCCGCUCGGCUCGGCCCGGCUCCGCUCGGCUCAACUCGGCCCCGCUCGGCGCGGCCCGGCCCGGCCGGCACCAUGCUGGCGCUCUUCAACAAGCUGCUGGACUGGUUCCGGGCGCUGUUCUGGAAGGAGGAGAUGGAGCUGACCCUGGUGGGGCUGCAGUACUCGGGCAAGACCACCUUCGUCAACGUUAUCGCGUCAGGGCAGUUCAAUGAAGACAUGAUCCCCACAGUGGGUUUCAACAUGAGGAAGAUCACCAAAGGGAAUGUCACCAUAAAGCUCUGGGACAUCGGUGGGCAGCCACGGUUCCGCAGCAUGUGGGAGCGAUACUGCCGCGGAGUGAGUGCCAUCGUGUACAUGGUGGAUGCUGCUGACCAGGAGAAGAUAGAGGCCUCGAAGAACGAACUGCACAACCUGCUUGACAAGCCGCAGCUGCAGGGCAUCCCGGUCCUCGUCCUGGGGAACAAGCGGGACCUGCCCGGUGCCUUGGAUGAGAAGGAGCUCAUUGAGAAGAUGAACCUCUCUGCCAUCCAGGACCGAGAGAUCUGUUGCUAUUCCAUCUCCUGCAAAGAAAAGGACAACAUUGACAUCACCCUACAGUGGCUUAUCCAGCACUCGAAGUCCAGGCGAAGCUGAGGUCCCGCGGGCCUGGCGAGGAUUGGGAAGAUGCCAUUGUACAAGCCCACGCCCCUCUCUCCUGCUCUGUCCCUCCAGCUCUCUCUCUAG